AAGAUGCAUCAGCCUUGCAGGCACCUCGGCGUGAGCGCGCUGCCUGCUGGGGAUCGAAGCGCUUCGCAUCCAUCCUCUCUUCUCUCCUCAUCCUCUCCCUUUUAACGUCCAUCGCAUCGUUUUCAUCCAUUCCGUUUCGGUUCCAUUCGUUUCAGAUCUCAAAUGGCGGAUCCGCUUUCUAUCACCGCCAGCGUUCUCGCGGUUGUAGGCGCAGCUGGCAAGGUUCUGGCAGGCCUGCAUUACAUCGCGGAACAACGAGAAGGCCCCCAGAUUUUCAAGGACCUCUACUCUCGAGUCCGCAAUAUUGAGAGGAUUCUCACCACCAUUCAAGAGCCCCUCAGAACCCUCCAGGACGAACCGGCCACCAGAACUGCCCUUGUUGGUUUGCAGCACAACAUAGACCAGGUCGAGGGCGCCCUGAAAGACAUAGAUACCUUGAUCUCUGAAGUCCGGAGUGGCGAUGGAACGGGUGAGCCAAGCAUAUCUACCUGGAAAUGGAUGAUGAAGCAAAGCAAGUUCAAGACGAAAGAGAAGGCUCUCCUAGACGCGGAAAGGAAUCUCCAAACCUCCUUGUCGUCAGCUAUCUUCUCGCAGAUGAUCUGUGAGACACCCACGCAGCUCAGCGUACAAAACGUCCGAUCUCCUGCCUGGACGGUACCCUAUCGAAAAGACCCCGAUUUCGUCGAUCGCCCCCAUAUCCUAUCAAGUGUAGAACAUCUCCUUCUCGAGCCAGCUUCGAGGGCAGCUUUGGUCGGCCUCGGAGGCGCUGGAAAAUCACAAUUGGCUAUUGCAUACGCAUACCGUGUAAGAGAGAGAUCACCACACACUUCCGUAUUCUGGGUUUAUGCCGGAAAUGCGGAGAGAUUCGAGGGCGACUAUCGGGAGAUCGCCGAAAAGCUGAAUAUCAGUGGGCGCCACCGACCAGGUGCAGAUAUCAAGAAACUCGUAUUCGAUGCAUUGGGCAACGAAACCUGUGGCGAGUGGCUUAUGAUCGUUGACAAUGCGGAUGACCCUACACUCUUCAAGAAAACAAACUCCGUGUCCGAGUCUCUAGCCGACUCCAUCCCUCAGAGUAGGAGUGGACGCGUGUUGGUUACAUCUCGGAACAAAUCAGCCGCAACCUCAAUCGUGGGAAGACACCAAGAUAUCAUCAAAGUUGAAGAGAUGAGUCAAGAUGAGGCGAUGUCCUUCUUGAGGACAAAGCUAGCCAUAACAUUUAACGAUGCUGACGCUUACGAGCUUCUGGAAGCCCUUGGCAAUAUGCCGCUAGCACUCUCCCACGCCGCAGGCUACAUCAACGAACACACCCCUCACGUGACUAUUCUGGAAUAUACACGGAUAUUCAAGGGAAGCAACAGUGACAAUUUAGGUCUGCUCGAAGGCGAGCGUAAUGACGAUCGAAGGGACAGACAUUCGUCUAACGCAAUUGCCACAACAUUACAAAUCUCUUUCCGUCACGUUGAGAAGGCGUCUCCAUUGGCUGCAGAUAUAAUGCGUUUGAUGUGUUACUUCGAUCGUCAAUACAUACCCACCGAACUGAUCCUCAAUCCAUUCAUAUCUUCCAAAGAUAUUUAUAACGUUGAUGGCGCCGCUGACCAGGCACCGGACGACGACACUGAAAGCUCUUCACAGUUCAGCCCGAGCGAAAUUUCAAAAUCCAGGCGUACUCUACAUCAAAGAUGGCAAAGCCUUAGUACCAAGAUCAAAAAACGACGCCAAAAGCCUCCCAUUGCGGUUGCCGGACCGCGUGCUGCGGAUACACCAAGCCAAAUGUCAGGCUCUAUUCCCCGACGGAUCUUCCAGAACACCGAAGUGUACGAUGGGCUCUCGAGUUUGGCCAGCUAUUCUCUCAUUUCUCCCACUCCGGACGGACUAGCCUACAGCAUGCACCGCCUCGCCCAACUAGCAGGAAGGAAAUGGUCAAUGUCUCUUUCGGCAAAUACGCUCUGGCCUCUGAAGACCGGUAUCUCUAUCUUCGAAUCGUUUUCACGCGCUUGGUUCAAAAAUGAUUACCCAAAGAUGCGAUCCGUUCUUCCUCAUACCCAAGCGCUUUUGCGAGAUAGCACUGCAGUGCUAGGUCACGCCCCAGUCCAUGGCGCGGUUUCCAAUCGACAAUAUUGGACGGUUCGUGCCGAAGUUCUACAAAUUCUUGCAGAGUAUCACCGUGAUUGCCAUCAAAUCAGAAUUGCGCAGUCCGAAAUCCGUGAAUCCAUUGAAAUAUACAAUGCCAUAUACGGUCCCCACCACCCAAACGCUCUCCACCACCCAAACGCUCUCCGGGCUCAGCUUACCCUGGGAACCAUUACUGAAGAACAUUCCGAUGCCGCAAUGAAAAUCUACCAUGAGAUUAUAGAAACACUCCAUAGAUACAAAAUUGAUGACAAAAGGCUGGAAUCCUACGUUUACAGCUCGGUGGGAGAUUUUUUUUGGAAUAAAAAAGAAUAUGAAGAAGCCAAGCAAAAUUAUCAGAAGGCGAACGACAUAGAAAAGGAGUCUGGUGCCCAAUCUUUCAUCAUUGAAUCUAAUAUUGUAUCCUGUGAUGAAGCGCUGGGUAACCUCGCCGAAGCGGAACGUCGUCUUAAAAACCUUCUCGCAGAGCUAGAAGUCGCCUUUCCUGGGCGGAUUUUUGACUUGUUAAAUAGCAAAGCCUCACUGGCGAGCAUUCUAGAAAGGCAAGGAAAAUAUGACCUCGCCGAGCAGCUGGGUCGCCCAACGCUUGAAAGUCUAGAAGUCAUUGUGGGGCAUGACCACCCCAAAACCUUGUUCUUAGAAUCCAGGCUUGGAAUCUGCCUCCUCAAGCUACGCCGGUACGAAGAAGCAUAUGCGUUUACUCAACGUUGUCUUUCAGCGAAGGAGGUCUUGUAUGGGACUGCUGCUGAAAAUACCUUGAACACAGUUCGGUGGCAAGGAAGGAUCUCGGAAGGGCUGCAGAAUCUCGCAGAUGCCGAACAACAGUAUUCUCGGGCAGCCGAGGGCUUCGAGAGCUUGUUCGGCGCAGAGCACGAAGACACUGUCUGGGCUCGCGAAGCCCUUGAACUCGUUCGGCUGAAAUCAAAGGCACAAGAAUCGUUGGCGGCAGAGAACUACACAGAAGCAGAGUCACUGUAUGUCCGCGUAGCUGAAGGCGAGGAGGUCCAGUGGGACGAGGAUGACCCUGUGACACUUGAGACUCUCAAAGACCUGGAAGCCAUACGAGAGAAGAUCAAGGACCAGGAAGGCCUAUCACGUCAGCCCGAAAGACUGGAAAUUGAAGCGUCUAUGCACGACACCGAAGCGACUCCUAAAACCGACUCCGACUGCGAUCAUCCUGGCCUGACUGCUGUCGAAACAAUGCAAACCCAGUCAAAUUUCUCAAAUGUGCCUCCGCAGAGCAUACCCGGCCCGCCUCGUGAACCUUCUCCUCCACCGCAAGGCUCCGCUAGUUCACCAACAUCUUCACCCGACACACCCCAACAUCCCUUCAACCUCAGUUCUCUUGGUCCGGCUCUUGAGGCGUAAAUAUCACGGCGGGCGGAUACUUUCCAGUAGCUAAAUCACUCAAUUGGGAGAACGGGAAGGUUAGAUUUUUUUUGAGAUUUGUUUAUAGUCACCUAUCCCGUGACCGAUUACGGCAAUACGAAUAACGACUGUCCCACCUUAUCGACAUCUUUACGGUUCUAAAUCGUCUUUUUUUUCACCGUUUUAUUCAG